ACACUGCGUUGUGGUUUUACUUUGACCUUGCGCACGUGAGUUGUCCACGUCGCGUCAAACUGUUUACAUUAAAUUGACAUAUUCAUUUUUUAUAAAGGAUCAUCAGUUAUUUGGCAAAAAUGAAGGACUGGAUUGAAUAUUUUAAAAAUAUUCCUACCCAUAUGGAUUAUGAAGGUCAAGCGAGGGCCGAAAAAUACUUUAGGAUUAUCAUCACACUUUUUGGGAUGAUUGGAUUUGUUUGGGGAUUCGUUGUUCAACAAUAUUCACAAACAAUUUACAUACUCGGUGCUGGUUUUCUAUUGGCGGCAAUUAUUACAAUUCCACCGUGGCCCAUGUACAGAAGAAAACCAUUGGAUUGGCAAAAACCACAAAGCGAAACAUCGACCAAAGUUAAGAAGAAGAAAUAAUUUCAAUCUGAGGAAUAUAUGCAAAAAAAAAGUCUAAUGCAAUUUUAAUUGUUCUCGAAACAUUUUUUUCUAUCAUAUCUUCUAUUCUAAAACAUUGAUUUCAUUGACAAUUUUUUUUUUGUGUUUAAUUUUCAGUGAAAUUGUUUAAUGUUCCACAAAUGUGUUUUUUUUACAUUCAAUGAAAUUUGUGUUUUUAUCUGUGAUGAAACUUUUUUUUUUUGAAAUAAUUUUCAACGUACCAUUUUGCAGGUGACGUUAAUAAUUAAUAAAUUAAUAAUUAUUAAAAUUAUCUUUUUAAUAAUUGUUUUUGCAAAAAAAAAAGGAAAAGUUUUCGAUUUCUUUCAACUUUUUGUUUUUAACAUUCAACGAGACAGCACAAUUAACAUUCCAGCAAAGAAUUCACGAUUGGAAUCAACGAUAAUUGCAAAAUGGAAUUCAAUUCAAUGACUGAAUGAUAAUUGGAUUUAUAAAUCGAGAGCAUUUAAUUUUGCUCGUAUCAAAAUCAUUCCAAUUUGUAAAGUUUUUGACAAAAAAAAAGAAGAUUUUAUACAACAUAAUAUAUAUAUAUAUCCUUUUUUUCAUAAAGAUGUGAAAAUAAAUAUUAAAUAUCAAA